CGCCAUUUUAACGAUUUUUUCUCAGAAUUCAGAAAUCUGACGUUUUCCUCUCGAAAAUAACGUAAAAUAUGUAUAAUUAAUCAUUUUUAACGCAACAUUCUUAUUAAUAAUCGAUUAAUUACUCACAUUUGGUUAUAAAUAUUGUAUUAAACGAGUAAUAAUUUGAAAAAUUGUGAUCAGCUGUGUGAAUUAGAUCUCCGGCGAAACAUCGUAACACCGGAUUCGUUGCGCAAUAUUUUACGUGUAAAAGCUCAGGAUGGUUAUCGUUUAAUGAAUGCGUAAUGUAACGAGAAAAUGACCAGCGUUUAUAGUCCUCAACUAUUCUCCAAACUUUCCAGCGAGUGGUAUUUAGCUACUGCUUUGUACGACGCUAUAGACGAUGGCAAUUUGAGGGAAGUUUCCAUAUUACUGCGAGAUAAACACGCCGAUCCAAAUGUUAUCAUACCAGAUUACGAUAUUACACCUUUCCAUUUAGCUGUCGGACACGAAAACGAAUUAUUCGCCAAAGAGGUCACUAAAUUAUUGCUGAAAAAUGGAGCUGAUCCUAAUGUCAAAGACAACGAAGGUGUUACACCUCUUCACGUGGCAGCUGUUUGGAAUCGUCCGACGAUAGUGAGGAUAUUAUUAACGUACGGUGGAGAUCCUUCGAUCACCGACGAUACCGAGAAAAAUGCUUUUCAUUAUGCGUACGAAGAACACGCUUGGGAGACACUGAAAACGUUAGAAAUACAUCGAAGAGCCGAAUUAAAGAAAAGUGAAAUUACCGAUAAAAGUUAUAAUAUACAAUUAGAUAAAGUGAUCGUUCAAGGAGACGGCAUCCAAGCUGAGUAUCGACCACUGUGCGAAGGAUGUAAAAAAGAUAUUGCCGUAGAAAAACAAAGCGUAGCUACUCAAACAUCGCCGCCUAGCGUUAAUCUUAAGGAUAAAAAUACCGUCGUCGAUCCGGAUCCAUCAGACCUGGAGAACAUCUCAUCGGUCAAGAUCCGGCCAAAAUACUACGACUGGUGCGAACAAGCCUGCGGUGUGAUGUUAACCGACGAAUGUAAACGUAAGAUAACCUCUCAUCGUGCCAAAGGCCGAGUAUACGAAUACAAUCCAAUUUUCGAGAACCGAUACGACGAGAAAACCGUAGUCAAUCAACAUUUCACCAAAUUCUCAAUCUGUUGUUCGGCCGUAUCCCGACAUCAUUCAGCCAGCGACGAAACAUCGCCGGAUAAAGAAACGAUCGAAAUGAAAACAUCGGUCAAAGAGUCGUCGACCACCAAAGAACCAAACGGAAACGGGGAUUUUAGCGAAGACUCGUUAAACAGUUCCGAUCGUAAAGCCAAAGAGUCGUUCUUCGAUACCCUUAAUGUACCUUUUAUAGACGAAUCGGCGACCGGAUCUAGUCAAAACGGUGAUACCAAAGUCACCCCAGAAUCGAAUGCCAAAAAUAAUACUAAAUCUAACGCUAUUCCUGCCGUUCCUGAUUCUUCGGUACCUGAUCAGCAGAUCAAAGAGAAACACGUUUCUUGGUCUGGCUGCUUGAGUACUUGCUCUUGUAUUCCUAAACGAUUGAACGACUCCGAUUCGUCGGUUUAUUUCACUAACGCCGAAUCCGACGCCGAAGAUAAGUCGAAAAUUGAUCUUAGUAAAGAGCUUAGUGGUAUUCAGAAACUAUCGUUAGAAAGUGAGCAGAAUACUGCACCUAGUAAGACGUUGGAGAGUACUAAAGAAAUAUCACCUCGGGAUAGAAAAUCUGUCGGAGAUACUUUAAUUAGUAAUGAUGAAACUGCCCCUCUGACGUACGAAGAUAAUUCCUUGAUUAGUAAUGACGGAGUUCCUGCCAAUUAUUAUACUCAAGCUCGCGAUAAACAACCCUUGAAAUUCGCUGUCGAGUAUAAAUACACCGAUGACGAAGACGGUAUCGAAUUCGUCGAAGCCAGAUUACCUUUAUGUAUUAGUUCUUCGAAUUCCAAUUCGAACGCGAGUACUCCUUUGAAAGAAAAAACGUCUCAGAAUGAGCAAAGAGCUCGCAACAGUCAUCGUAUCGAAGACCUCGAAACAUCUGAUAGUGCUGCUUACGAUACUGAUUACAUUAGAACCGAAUUGAAAAAGUUGGGCUUUACUCCCGGUCCGAUGGCAGGCGAAACGAAGAAAUUAUAUCUGAAGAAACUUCGUCGAAUUCGAAAAUGUACUCCGGAAUUCGAACCACCGCCCAUGAAACCAAUAUUUAGUUCGGAACUGGAACACGUGCUACGUGAAGAUAAUGACAACUGGGAGAAAAUCAUCACCAAGUGGUCGGUUUUAGAAACGGAAAUCCAGAACCAUUUCGCCGAUAACUCGUUCUCAUCUUCGUGGCGUAGCGGUACAGCUAAAACAUCGUUUACGUACCUUCUGCUCGAUCCUCGUAUCUCCGAUAAUUUGCCAGCUCGAUGCGAACAAAUGGAUUUAGGCGAUGUGUGGCGUGAUUUCGUUCACGCUAUUUUCUACGUCGGUAAAGGUACCGCAGCCAGACCUUACGAGCACUUACACGAAGCAUUCUUGGUCUGGAAGGAGACCAAAGCGUAUCCUAGAAAGCGGUGUAAUUUAAAGGUACGUCAUAUUUUAGAUAUUUGGAAAGAAGGCUUGGGCGUCGUUUGCCUACAAGUGUUCCAUAAUAUCAUACCAGCCGACGCGUACACCAGAGAAGCCGCCAUGAUAGAUGCGAUCGGUGUAUCUAGACUGAAAAACGAAAAAGCUGGAAUGUACUAUGGCAUUGCUGCCUCUUGGAACUCUAAACUCAAACGAAGACUCGGCACGUAUUUGUUAUAUCGAGCCAUGCGGAUGUUCAUUGCUGAUAAUGAAGUUCAACUCAAACCAACUGACGUUCGAUGAAAUGAUGUUUUUUUAAAAAAAAUUUCAUCGACGAAUUUUUAAUAGUCAAAUGAUCUUUAAAUUUUUUUCUCAUUUUUUUAAACGUUUUUUUUUGUUUAAUUUUUUAAGAAUUGAAUAAUUAUUAGUCUAUCGUCGAAGAAGUAAUAUUCUUUUGGCGAGAAACAUGUCUCCAUGACUGAAUACGAUUGUGAUUUUACUUUUAUACGUAUGACGAUCUUUAAAGAAAUGAAUUUUAUUCGAAUUUUGUGAAGGCCUGGUUAUCUUUGAGAACCGGUGCCAUGAUUGAAUGUAAAAGAGAAAGUAUUUCGUG